AUGGGGAUCCUCCAGAAUCUUGGCCUCCGUCGCCGAAUCAAGUGGGAGAACCUCACACUCCUGGAUGAGAUCCUAAACUCCCCCCUACAAGCCCUAGUCCUCCGGAUCUACCUGAUUGUCCUCUGGCUGCGAGGCAACCCGACCAGACCUCCGCCCAACAAGACUCCCAUCCGAAUCGUUUGUCUGGCGGACACGCAUGACGCGUUUGUGGAGGACGUACCGGAGGGUGACCUCCUGAUCCACGCCGGUGAUAUGACCAGCAUUGGCACAGCUAGCUCCAUUCAACAACAGAUCAAUUGGCUGGCAAAUCUGCCACAUCGGCACAAAGUCCUAGUCACUGGCAACCAUGACAGCUGGUUUGAUAAGGAUUCCAGAAGUGAGGAAGAUGUUCUCGCCCACAAGGAAGUACAGUUGAAGGGCAUCCACCUGCUCAACCACAAGGCCGAGACGUUUCACUUCAAAGAAGGCCGUAAGCUCGUGGUAUACGGGAAUCCGUCUCUGCCGAGGUGCGGCGGCAAGGACAAUGCCUUCCAAUACGACAGGGACCAGCAUCCAUGGGCCGGCUCCAUUCCUCUAGACACCGAGAUCCUCGUGACUCACACACCUCCGAGACAUCAUCUCGACCUUGAUAUUGGUUGUGCCGGCCUGACGGAUGAGCUCUGGAACCUCAGGACGAAGCCGAAGCUACAUGUCUUCGGCCAUGUCCACUGCGGCCGUGGGACACGGUCUGUUUUCUGGGAUGAUUGCCAACGCGCUUACGAGGACCUCCAAGCGCGGGACCAGGUUGCAAUACUCGGUUUUCUGCCCAAGGCAAUAAUCAACCUCUUGCCCCGAGGUAUAAUCGACUUGGUCCCGAGCUACCGUUGGGUUGACGCUCUCAAGGUCUUAUUCUAUGGCUUCCUGAGUCUUGUUUGGCAAUUUUUAUGGCAGGGUGGUAAAAGUGAGGGCAGCUUGAUGGUCAACGCUGGAUGUCAAGAUGGAGUCAAGCGACGUUUGAACAACAAGAGACCCUUUGUCAUUGAGAUUUGA